AUGUUCUUUACAGGCAAAGCUUACAUCGCACAGGGCAAAGAGCUUUUUUAUCAGAAUGCUGAUUAUCAUCCCUAUCAUUUCGUUUGCAAAAUAUGCAGUACAGAACUUGAUGAAAACGCGCGAUGUUGGAAGGAUACUUUGUACUGUCAGCGAUGCUACGAUCAAAAGGUAUGCGCAAUAUGUGCAGCAUGCCGGCGUCCAAUUGACAAUGAACGAGGUGUUUUUGCCUUGGAUAAGCACUGGCAUUUCGAUUGGUUUGCGGAUGCCUGUUUCAAGUGUGGUGUUGGUCAAACAGGAACAACUCUGAAAGUGUUCCAAAAAAACUGGUGUCCAAGUUGCUAUACAUGCUCGGUUUGUGACAAAAUACUCAUGCAAAAGAGCGUUCGCUUUAUCAUUUUAGCUGUUUUUUGCAGAUCGAAGAUUAUUGAAAUGGAUAUGCGGCCUCUGUGUAAGAAAUGUUUCGAACGAUUUCCCAAGGAACUGAAACAAAGAAUGUUACCUUAA